AUUGCCCUUUGCGCACGGCCAAGGCCGUCUGUGUUUGUGUUUUCUCCGGCGGCGAGCAUUUUGUGUGUCUGAAUUUGCGUCGCGUUCUUGAGAUUUCGCUAUCUUAUAUAUAUAGGUCUUGCCCGAAUUCCAAAUACCAUGGCGGACGAGUGCGCUAUUUAUGUGUCGUUCGUGCCGGAGACAUCUGCAAAGUUCGAAAGGCACAAGCUGUCGUCUGUCAACUUGAAGGAGAAAGUGUUAUCCCUGCAGACCAAAGUUGCCGAGAUUUUUCAGAAGAAAAAGGAAGACUUACAUUUAGUGUUCCUCGGCAGGAGCUUGAAUGGAGAUGACACCUUGGAAGACAGCGGUAUUAAGAGCGGAAUGACUGUUUUUGUUUAUCCGCAUCAUGAACCAGAAAAGAUCAACACGAAUUUCAACAUUACGGAAGAUAUGUUACUGGCAUUUCGCACAGCAAUAGCCAAGCCUGCAUUCAGGAAUGUACUUCAGAGCCUCACGAAAACGGAGGUCCUGGAAGGUGUCAUGGCAGCUACACCUGCAUUGGCAGACGAUCCUAUCGCAGUCGGGUACCUGCAAGAUCCGGAAUUGAUGAUGCUCCUUGCCAGUCCUGCUCACCUAAAGAAAAUGGUGGAGAAACACCCGGCGUUGAUUGAGGCCGCGACGCAGAUCGCGGUAUCUUUCCACGCGGAAGGGGCGUCAGGCGGACCCGCCGCCAACAACGGGAUAGACCCCCCGCCGAUUUCGUACUCGUUGGACGCUCUCAGUGAUGACGACGACAUGGGUGGGGCUGAAAUGGAACAGGGCAUGGCAAGUGGGUCUGGGAGCCUAUCUCCAAACCGGAUCACCCCACAGCAGCUGGCUGCAGCCCUGGCGGCGGCUGCAACGGCAACUCCCGGGAGUCCGUCUUCAUCUUCACCUCCCGCAACCACUGGCAGCCCGCGUGUGCCUCCGUCCCCUAGGCUUUGGGCGCCUCCCCCUACUCCCAGGAACCCAAUCACGUCCGAGAUGUUCAGCAACGCGAUGCAGAGCGCGCUGGAGAGUUUUUCGGCAGGCCCUAUGACAUUGCAGGUGCCACCUGCAAGUUCCGGAAAUGUGGCAGCUGCACCUCCACCGGCAGAAGAUACAGACCCUUCAGUCACAUAUCAGAGUCAGCUGCAGCAGCUCCGCGACAUGGGAAUCUCUGACAGCCCAGCCAGCCUCCGCGCUCUGCAGGCGACCGAGGGAGACGUCCAGGCCGCCCUCGAGCUGCUCUUUGGCGACUUCGGCGAAGGCAAUUCCUCGGACGGGGCGCCGUAAACAAAGAUUCCGUUACCGUCACCGUACAUACUUCCCAUCACCACAGGCCCUUACGGAGGAGGAAAGCGCACAGUUGAAAGACAUAAGAGCCCUCUACUCAUGUGAUAAUAUGGAGAUAGGGGUGGAGGAAAUCUUUAUUCUUGUCAGUGGGAACCAGGGUUUGUAGCAGAAGAGAAUGGUGGUUUUACUUCUUACUCUAUACAAGGUUAUCAUAAUUUGUUUCGGAUUCCACAGUAUAUAUUAGACGCAAGUUUGUUUCGGUAUUACGGCAGUGGGACAACUUUUGUUAGUGGAAAUCUGGAACCUACCUCAGUUAAGUGCAAGUUUUCUCUUCGAUAAAGAUCUGCAUAAUGGAGGGGUGUCUUACAAACGGUUAGGUAUACUCCGAAGCUGUAUUGCACUAAUGCCCCCUCUGCUCGGCAAAAGUUUGAUAAUUCGAGUGUCGUCAAAAACGUUUUCUCGACCAGAUGAAGUCUCUAUUUUUGAUUGGUGGACGGUUGCAGCUUCUUCCACAGAUGGUACGAUAGGAUAAUAUACUCUUCUUAGUUUGUUCCCAGUAACAAGCCCUAGCAGAGGUGUCUGGAUUUGGGAAACUGAGCAAUAAGUUAUUUCGAUGGUGUCCGGCAUCUCUCUCUCUCUAUCUCUCUAGUGCUUUUAGGUGGUUUGUUUCCAGUUGUGGAGCUGUCGGUGUAUGUUCCCAGGCUGUUUUCGUCAGAGUGAUAUUUUGCAAUUUCUCUGUCUUUAGUGCAGUCGAAUCUUGCUGCCCCUCUCAUUUUUCCCUCGACAGUGGUGGGAAACUCACCUGCUGUGUGAAAAAAAAAAAAAAAAAGUACAGUCAAAUAAAGGAUCUGUAACAAAGUU